GUCCAGUACGUGGAAGACGACUUCCUCUGCUUUUUGCACCGCACAAGGGCUUACUGUAUGAGGACGGUGAUCCUCCUCUUGACUGUGUUUGGUUUCAGGACGACUCGAUUUUGCAAGAUUCCCCGAUAGAAUUACCCCUGCCACGCGUAUCUGUCACCUGUAUACCGUUUCCUUCCAAAAUCCUCCUACUAUUAUGUCUACCACAGGUGGUCUAACACAACGUCGGCGAAACGUCCUUUCAGAUGGCGUGGAAGAUUACACGAAUGAUGAACGUCCGCAGAACGAGUCAAAACCAGAGCGGUCCAAAAACGAACGCGCAGAUAGCGACAGAGACGAGGAAGACGACGAUUCGAAAGGCGGAAAGGGACCAAAGCUGACAUUGUUGGAAGAGGUGUUGCUGUUGGGAUUGAAGGACGCUCAAGGAUACCUCUCUUUUUGGAACGAUAACAUAUCAUAUGUCUUACGCGGAUGCAUCCUCAUUGAACUGUCUCUUCGCAAUCGAAUAAAAACUGUAAUGGAAAUUAGAAAGCGACCCUACGCCGAACGGCUGCUGGAAGUGAUUGACGAGCGGCCAACGGGCGAGGUGUUGUUGGAUGAGGCCCUGAAGCUGAUAAAGCUGGAUCAACAAAGCAUAUCAAGUUGGAUUGACCUUUUGAGUGGUGAAACGUGGAACAUCAUGAAGAUCGGUUAUCAGCUGAAGCAAGUACGGGAGCGGAUUGCGAAGGGACUGGUGGACAAGGGUGUACUUCGAACCGAGAAGAGAAACUUUGUGCUAUUUGAUAUGGCUACACAUCCAGUGGCGGAUCACAGCGUGAAAGAGGAGUUGAUUCGGAGGGCAGUGGAUUGUCUGCUUGGUCGAGGGCCACCUGCAGAUCGGCGAACGAUUGCAAUGGUCUGCGCGGCUUACGCUGCCAAUGUGCUAGAGAAUGCUUUGGUAAAUCUCGGUCACGCUCAGCGCGAAGCGUGUUUCCAGAAGGUGGACGAGAUGUUGCAGGAGCACGCCGGACUAACCCAGAAAGCGUUGUCGGCUGGGACGACCGAGGUGAUAGCUGGGGUAUUGAGCGUGUACACGAAGAUGGAUAGUAUUUUGUGACCAGAGGUUUAACCUUCGAAUACCAAUGGGCAUACCAGAGGUCCGUUUACCUAGGGGACAUACCCGCUGAAGGUCUGGUAGCUACGCAGCUUUUAUUUUAGACAAGUUAUUGCCGUAAGAGGAGGCCAGCAAAACCCAGGUCACCAAUACGGUGCCAAAUAAUGUGACUGUAUAUGUCAGGAUACCAAUAACCCCUUGGUCACUUAUCUGUCCCACCGGUAUCUCCACUGUAUAAGGACGGGUAGACAUUUCCAUCCGA